UUUUGUAUUAAUUUUGAAGACUUUCAACAACAACACUCAAAGAACAUUAUUAAGCUUAAUUAAUCCAUUCAUUUCCUGGUUUAACUGAACCACCACCAUAUUCACACAACUUUCUCAAUCAAAUUCUUCACAGAAAGGAUUGAUUGAGAAAGAAAAAAACAAAAAUGUGCCCUCUGAGGCUAAUUCUCAUUUUCUUGUCUGCAACUCUCGCUGGUUUCUUCGUUCUCAGAAACAUCAGAUCUCAGCCUAAGAUCGAUGAUGACGAUGAAGAUGUUCCUACCAUUCCUUCAAACCCUAAAAUCUCAGAUUCUACAAAUGAUUCAUCAAAUGGAAAUUCCAAGGUUCGUGCUGCGUUAGAAUCUGGGUUUUGGACCUUUGUGGAUAUGGCUAGUGGGCGUUAUCUUUGGAGGCAUAUGGUCUCAUCAUCUUCAAAGAAAUCUAACUGAUGAUAUGUUUUCACUUUUCAGUGAUUGCAAUUUGUAUGUGGGUGAUUGAUUGAUCAAUAUCAUUUGGCUUUUGAUAUUGUGGUUUUUGGGUAAAUUUGCAUACUUUGUAAUCUGUAUCAUAGCUGUUGUUCAUAGUAUUGUUGUUGGUUUUGACUUUACAGUACAAAUAAUAAUAAUGAUGAUGAUGAUAAUGAUAAUGAUGAUCUUGAUAUAUGUCAAACAUAUGGUGUGUAUUUUUGCUGUUUCUGUUCUGGAUUUGAGUUGCUUCUUGUUUUCA